AUGAAUUCAUUUGACGAGUUUUCAGGGCUUUUGUCCACGUGGUUUGAGGUGCACGGCGUGACGGAGAACCUGCAGCGGCGAUUGUAUGAAAAGCUACGCAACGACGUCUUUGACGCGGGUGACUCCUUUUCCUUGGCUACGCUGGCCGCGGAGGGGUGUGAAGAAAAGGUGAGUCUUCCGCAAGAAGCUGAAGAACCCGUCAAUAACGAGUACGUCCUCGUUUCUACGAGAGAUUUGCAAGCAAAAGAAGACAUUUGGCUUGUGGAUCACUGCUGUACAUUUCGUCUUCGUGAGUUUUGUGAGCACUUGAAAGUGAACGCCGCGCUUCGUGAGCGGUUGGGUCGCAUUCUGUCGCUGAACCUAUCGCACACUAACGCCGAGGAAGAUACGCGCACUGUGUUUGACAACAUGUGGACAAAAGUGGGCUCUUAUCGGCUUCCCGGCCGCGUUGAUGACGGAGAUGCCCAUUAUGAAAACUCGUGGUACAUUCACGACGAGGUUGGAAGCGCGAUCACGGUGGUGACAGAUGAACCUGGCAACAUGAAGUUGGAGCCUGUCCCUGUCUGCUUCCCAGAAAAGGGUGGUGUAUUCUCUGCGAUGUGGUGUGUGGAGGAUAUGGAGGAGGGCACCAUCGCCACACAGAAGGCCGAGACACUGCUAGAAACAUGGGGCGGGAAAGAAGUUGUGGAGCUCCUGUACGGGAUGGCGGGGCAAGAAAGUUAUAUGGAUGCAAAGCAAGCCUGCCUGGAGGCUUGGCGGCGAAUGGUGGGCAGGAUGGAGGCGGUUUCUUCAACCAUGGCGGAACAGGUUCACAGCAUUGAGGCUGACGACGCUCGGGAUAGCGGCCACAAUGUCGUUGACGCAGGACGCCGCCGCCCAGUCGCACCCCUCCCCACACCGCUACCAGAAUCAAGAGAGAGUGCAGAGUUGAGUGUGAAGCUACCUUUGCGCGUAUUUACGGAUAGCAAACUGGUUUCGGCAAAUCUUACCGAUGCUAAGCAUUUUAUGUUGGUUGACCUGCCGCAGGAGGCGCAGGCGGUUUGGGUUGUCCAUGAUCACAUUGAUGAUCUCAACAAGUUUCGAUACGCGCAGUUUGUUUCUCAGUUCCCCGAAGAGAAACUUUUUACAAGCAAGAAGGGUCUUUUGCAACUUAUUCAGGAUCACUAUGGGUAUGUGGACUGGUAUCAGGUCAGCUACGACAGCACCUCACAACUUCAUGAAUUUAUUGGGGACUUUAUGGUGCGACAGGCAAAGUUGCACGGCACAGCCCCGGACGGUGUGGUAACCCGCGAUGACAUUUGUGCGUUGCACAGUGAUGAUGGAACAAACUUAUGGAUCACUAAACCAACAAAUAUGGCCCGAAGCAUCGAUAUGACGAUUUCUUCCAACCUCAAUGCAUUGCUCAGAGCCAUUGAAACCGGCCCCAAAGUGGUGUGCAAAUAUGUUGCCAAAACCGCUACUCUGCACCGCCGCAAGUUUGAUCUGCGAUUUAUUGUGGCCGUGCGGUCUUUUGCGUCGGAGGAAACAGCGAUGGAGGCCUACUUGUACAAUGUAUUUUGGACUCGCUUUGCCUUGGAGGAAUACGCCUUGAACGACUUUGACCAUUUUGAAAAGCACUGGACGGUUAUGAACUACGAAAAUCCUGCAAAACUAAUUCAGUUGCACGACUCUGAGUUUAUUGAGGAAUUUAACGCGGAGCACGCCAAGAAAGGGUAUGGCGCAUCGCUUUGGACCCGAGACGUUUACCCCAAGAUUCGGAAAUUGCUUCGCAAAGCGCUUGACGUCGUGAAAGUCCACGGUGCCGAUCGUCGUCGCUGUCGUGCGAUUUACGGGAUGGAUGUUAUGCUGCGGGAAACUUUGGGCGGCCGCCCUGGGACGAAGUCGCUAGAACCCACCCUGCUUGAAAUCAACUACAGCCCCGACUGCCAGCGCGCGUGUCGGUACCACCCUGAAUUCUUCAACGACGUGUUCCGCACGCUUUUCACGGGGACACCGGUCAAUAUGACACCAUUGUGA